CACACACACACACACACACACAGAAUGAUCGUAUAAAAGGCCGGUGUUUCCCACUCUGAGACAUCAGUCCUGCUCCAGCUUCUUCCACUCAUCCACUGAAAACUGAACAAGAUGGCUUCAAGUCUUUUCUUCACUUUGCUCUUCUGUCUGAACUGUGGACUCUUGGUUGAAGCACAUAUUAAUUGGUUUCUUUUUCCAAAAGUUACCGACUGCACUUGUCCCGUUGGCUGGAAUAAGUAUAAAGGACGCUGCUACGUGUUUAUAGCUGAUGAGCUGAUGUGGUCCGACGCCGAGAACUGCUGCAUCAAAAAAGGUGGGAAUCUGGCCUCCUUCCACAAUUACGAUGAAUACAAAUACAUAAUGGAGCUUGUCAACACCGAGACGGGAUCUUAUAAAAGGACCUGGGUCGGAGGUUGUGAUGCAGCAAACGAAGGUGUGUGGUUGUGGUCCGACGGGUCCAAGUUUGACUACCCCCACUGGGGCACCGGACAACCCAACAAUGCAGGACGAAGUGAAGACUGUAUGGAGAUCAACUUACAUGGACAAGAUAACGUCAACGAUGUCAGAUGUUUCUACAAGCGUCCCUUCAUUUGUGCCAAAACCCUACAAAAGUGCUCCACUUGUCCUUAAAAAUGUGACACUGUCCCACUGAAGAAAUGAUUGGGGAUUAGGUUUCCAUAACUGAUUUAAUCACACACACAUGGUAUAGUUUUAUGAUUGAACUGUAAAGAUUGUUAAAUGUGACUGUUUUGCUUAACUGGAUGAUUAUAUAUUAAUGGCUACAUCCCUGAAAACCAAUUCAACACAUAAGUGAACUUUUAAAUCCUCAUUAGAGUAGGUUUGUGAUGUCUGAGGGGCAUGGCUUCAGUAGAACAGGGACCCCUCCACUGAUGACAUAAUCAAAUAGGCGGAGCCAUGCCUCGGAGCUGUUGUUAAAUUCCUUGUUGUCGGCCUGAACUCUCAAUGAUUUCAUUAAAGCAGACUUCAGCGAAGA